AUGAAGUUCGGUCGCAACUUGCCUCAGUUCACCGUGCCGGAAUGGAGCUCCUCGUACAUCAAGUACAAGGCGUUGAAGAAACUCAUCAAGUCCGCGGCUGAGCAAGUCAAGGCUGGCCAAGAGGCGGAUCUGGCCGGUUUCUUCUACUCUCUCGACCGAAAUGUCGAGGACGUCGAUUACUUCUACAACAAGAAAUAUGCCGAGUACGCCCGCCGUCUGAAGCUGCUGGAGGAGCGCUAUGGUUAUUCCAUGGAAGGUCACCAUCCAUUGGAGCCCGAGGAUAGGCAUGAUCUGCGCGAGGCCCUCCUCGACCUGCGCUACCAUCUCCGCCGCUUACAGUGGUACGGCGAAGUCAAUCGCCGCGGCUUUGUCAAGAUUACGAAGAAACUCGAUAAGAAGGUUGGUGCCCAGGCUCAGAAGCGUUAUCUGGAGACCAAGGUCGAUCCCGCUCCCUUUGCCUCCAAUGCUCGCGUGUUCAAGGCCCAAGAGCGCAUCAACACAUGGAUGGCCGUUAUCACCGACCAAUCCAAGGAGCAAGAGAAGUUUGACGAUGCCAGCUCGACCCACUCCUCUCUGUCGCUGAAGCGUGGUCCGUCCCGGCCGUUCUUGAAUCUGCCCACCAGCGUUGUGACGGCGGUGGACGAUGCCCUCAAAAAAGAUGAUGUUCAUGUUUUGCUGGAACUGCUUGAGACCCUGAAAACCGCUGCGGAUGAAGCUGGUGAAGGCGUCUUUCUUAAGGUCCUCAAGACCCUCAUCCAGCGAGCCAUUCUACACAGGGCUCGGGCUUGCCUGUCCGCCCUUUUGCCUCGCGUUGACACCCUUGAGGAAGAUGAUGAAAUCAAUCGUCGCAACUGUCUGCAUCGUCUGGUCAUCUCAAUUGGCCGUGGGCAGUCGACCACCGACUCCGAGCCCGCGGCGUCGUUGGUGCUUGACUUCCCUUUGGAGACGUCCCGUUACAUCACUCCUGCAGCCCCGCCAACCCUGCAGCCGCCACGCUCUGUAGUCAAGGAGGCACACAUGCCCCAGCAACUGGGUCGUGAUGACCCGGCUGUUUCUCUUUUGACCCAUGUGCUGGGUGCUUUGCGCCCGAACCAGCGCGAAGCACUGAUGGCGAAGGAUAUCUCUGGACGCACUCCGCUGCACUAUUCAGCCCAGUAUGGUUUCAAGGUUGUUUGUGAAGUCAUUAUCGAACACCUGAGGGAAUGGGAAAUGUUCGAUGUCAGCGAGGGCAUCGACGGUCCUUUGUGGCAGGAUGAUGAUGGCUGGGCGCCUCUUCACUUGAGUGUGGUCGGUGGCCACCCGAUGACUACCCGGUACUUGCUCGAUGCCGAGAACUGGAAAGGAUCCCACAGACAGGAGGACCAGGUCCGCAAACAGACGCCCAAGUCUAGCGCAGUUCUUGCACUAGCAACCAAGGCCAACUUUGUGGACAUUGUUCAGCUUUUGGUGGACGCCGGCGUUGAUAUCAACUAUCAAGACGAGCAGGGUGAAACUGCACUUCAUGUUGCUGCCCGCUUCGGUCACGAUGAAUGUGCCCGGAUUCUUCUCGCGGGUUCUGAAUACCAAAAGGCGAACACGGAUCUGCCAGAAAAGACCUACGCGUGGACACCGCUGUUCAUUGCAUGUGUUGAUGGCUCCUUGAAUGUAGCCCAGCAGCUGAUUGCGGCUGGUGCGGAUGUUGAUAGGUUCGACUCUUCUGGCUGGACGGCCAAGGAGCAUGCGUCAUUGCGAGGCCACCUGGAUAUCGCGCGGUGUCUUGCCGAAGUGAGCCCUGGUCCCCCGGCUACUGAGCCCGAGCCGAUCGCGGUUCCUACCAACACUUCGUCCGCGUCGUCUUCGCCGCCUUCCCAGUCCUCUUUGACGGAUCGUCGGUCGAAUGCGCCUGGUUCCACCUUUCCGGGGAAUUCUGGGCUACGAAAUACUGAACCUAUUAAGACUUUUGGACACCGGUAUCUCACCGACGAGACCAUGAUUUUGGUCAGCCUGGGAACAAUGGAUAUGCGGAAGCCUCUAGAAACAGUCAACCUCGACCGCAUCCCUAUGGAGAACGCACACGCGACGCAGCUGGAUACGGCCCUGUCUCUGGUAGUUACCGCUAGCGGUGCCCAUGGAGAGCCCGAGGUGAUUGAUCUCCCUGUUCAGGAUAAUAUCUCGACUGAACCGAUUGUUUUUCACACCACCGAUGCGAGCAAGGUCCGCCUUCUUUUCGAUCUCGUGCCCACCUACGCCGGAUCGAAGGAGAAAAUUGUUGGCCGUGGUGUUGCACUUCUUUCCAGCAUCAAGCCGACAGUUGGUUCUCAACGAAUCAACCUCAAGGGCGACUCUACCGUUCCCAUCGUCGCUGCCAACACUCUGGAUGUGAUUGGGUCUGUGACCUUCAACUUUCUGAUUAUCACCCCUUUCAAGCACCCAAACAUGUCGAUCGCCGGCAAUCAGACAUACUGGCGAACUGUGAGCUCGACGAUGGUCAUCGGGCACCGAGGUCUGGGUAAGAACAUGGCCAGUCGUAACUCCCUUCAACUGGGUGAAAACACUAUUCAAUCAUUCAUCGCAGCUGCAAACUUGGGUGCGUCCUACGUCGAGUUUGAUGUACAGCUUACGAAAGACCAUGUCCCUGUCAUUUAUCACGACUUUUUGGUCAGUGAGACCGGCAUUGACGCCCCUGUGCAUACCUUGACGGUGGACCAGUUCUUGGAACUCGGCAAGGGUCGGCACCGCAACGUCUUGCCCGGCGGCGUUGAUGUUCAUGGCGAUACAACCCCGGGCACUCGGCAACGCUCGAUGUCUGUGGGUGGCUCUGAGUAUAACCCGGCCGAGUUGACCGAGAAGAUCAAGCACACACGCGAUUUCAAGAAGAAGGGAUUCAAGGGCAACACCCGUGGCGAGCACAUUCAAGCCCCAUUCGCCACUCUGGAGGAAUUGUUUAGAAAGAUUCCCAACCCAGUUGGCUUCAACAUUGAACUGAAGUAUCCCAUGCUCCACGAGAGCGAAGAGGAAGAAAUGGACACCUACGCCGUCGAACUGAAUUCUUUCGUCGAUACCAUCCUCACCAAGGUCUAUGAUAUGGGCAUGGGGCGUGACAUAUUGUUCUCCAGCUUCAACCCUGACAUUUGUCUCCUGCUGUCCUUCAAGCAGCCGUCCAUCCCGGUUCUUUUCCUAACCGACGCCGGUGCCUCCCCAGUCGGUGACAUUCGCGCCAGCAGUCUGCAGGAGGCCAUUCGAUUCGCUUCGCGCUGGAACCUCCUUGGCAUUGUGUCUCAGGCCGAGCCUCUGGUCUUGUGCCCGCGUCUCGUGCGUAUUGUUAAGGAAUCCGGUCUCGUCUGCGUGUCCUACGGCACCCUCAACAACGACGGCGUCAACGUCGACUACCAAGUCGCCGAAGGCAUCGACGCUGUCAUCGUCGACUCCGUUUUGGGCAUCACAAACGGCCUCAUUCAGCGCCAGCACAAGAGCGAGCGCACGCCCGGCCCCUCGCCUAACCCGGGAGCUGUCAGCGACAAGGGUGCCAUCCGGGUUCCGAUCCUGGACCAGGCGAAGCGGGAUACCGCUAACCUUGAUGUGGAUCCUGCUACCGUUCUCUGA